AUUUCAUUCACUUCAUUCACACAUUCACACUCACAAUCACUUCAAAUCCAUCAACUUACCAACAAAUCAUUAACUGACCGCUCGGUUAUUGAAUCAAUCAGAAUUAGCGUCAAUUUCUCCAUUAUUACCUUCACACCAGAUCCAUGGAUUGAUCUCCUCGCACUUACACCCAUCUCUUGCACUUGCAAAUCUUCCCAUCUUUCUCUAAAUAAACCACCAAGAUUCCCAACCACGAAAUCCCUCUUUCCAUCUAAUCACUCCGUCUCUCUCUACAUUAUACCCAUCUACAACAAAUUCAAAUUCUUCAAACAUCAGACAAUAUGACCACCGAAGUAAGUUCAAAUCUAUUUGCUGUUACCCCGAAAGUGUUUUAAUUUCACUUUUCCCUUUAUUUUGUUUCCCCUCCAUUGUCGGUCUGCCAAUAUCCGAACCUUACCCUCCACUACCAUCCAGCGGCAUGUUUGUUGUUGUAGAUUUGUUUGUUUACUCCUCUUGAGCUCAUGCUAAUACUUUGGUGAUUUGCAGCGUGAAAGGUAUGAUUUGAUUUGUUUCCAUGCGGCUCCCAAAUUCUCCUUUCCUCCACGUAAGUGGUACUAACGACUGCCCUACAGCAAGACUUUCCUUGCUAGGCUCUGCGAGCAGGCUGAGCGCUACGAUGAGAUGGUUACAUACAUGAAGGAGGUGGCCAAGGUAUGCGACUCUAUUUUUAUUUGUUGCAGAUUGCGGCGCGAUGGAAAUACUGAUGAUGCGUGACGCAGUUGGGCGGGGAACUCACCGUUGACGAGCGAAACCUCUUAUCUGUCGCCUACAAGAACGUUGUCGGCACCAGACGUGCUUCUUGGCGCAUCAUCUCCUCGAUCGAGCAGAAAGAGGAGUCCAAGGGUACCGAUAAGCACGUUUCCACCAUCCGUGAUUACCGUCAAAAGAUUGAGACCGAGUUGGAGAAGGUCUGCCAAGAUGUCCUCGACGUCUUGGAUGAGUCUUUGAUUCCAAAGGCUGAAUCUGGAGAGUCAAAGGUCUUCUACCACAAGAUGUAAGUCUUAUCGCUUCACAAGUCUGUGCGCCGGGUUCGACGGCUUCCAGAGCUCUUGACUGAUGAUUGUUAUAGGAAGGGAGAUUACCACCGUUAUUUGGCUGAGUUUGCCUCCGGUGAGAAGCGCAAGGUCGCUGCCACCGCUGCUCACGAGGCUUACAAGGUAUGCAUCACUCUAACCUCAUUUUCCAAGAAUUUCAUAAACUAAUCAUAUAAUUAGAACGCUACCGAUGUCGCACAAACUGAACUCACCCCCACUCAUCCAAUCCGUCUUGGUUUGGCCCUCAACUUCUCUGUCUUCUACUACGAGAUCUUGAACUCCCCAGACCGUGCAUGCCAUCUCGCCAAGCAAGCCUUCGAUGAUGCUAUUGCCGAGCUUGACUCCCUUUCUGAGGAGUCUUACCGCGACAGCACCCUUAUCAUGCAACUUCUCAGGGAUAACUUGACCCUCUGGACUUCAUCUGACAACGGUGAAGCUGAGGCUGCUGGUGACGCACCAAAGGAGGCUGAGAAGGCAGUUGAGGCCGAGACCAAGGCAGACGAGCCAGCUACCGAAGCCGCACCUGCACCUGAAUCUUAGAUCUCUUUGUACUGUCUCGAAAUCUCUUCGUCUUCGUUCUUUAAUGUUGUUCAUCUUCUGGAGUGGCUGGAAUAUACCUGGCUUGCCGGUGGAGUGAUUGCAGCAUGAUGGCUGGGGGAUAGGAGUUGAUAUGAAAAGCAGAAUUAGGGUGCAUAUUUGCAAAUACUUGCAAUCUGUCAAAGGCACCAAGAUUUUGUGAAUCCUGAUGAUCAAUGUUUUUUCUUUUCUGAUUGCGAUGUUUCCUUGCGGUCAUUCUCACGUCAGUCACUUGUCUUUUUUAAACACAUGGUUACCCUUUUCUCCUCAUUCGCAAGAGACGAGGCUUCUCAAGGUUCCAAACGUACAAGUCUCUGCUCGAUGGAAUGCACAAUUUCCCCUCAGAACACUCAGUGCCUAUACGGUAGCACAAUAGAUUACCCAAUUUCGUAAUUUCUUUCAAAGUUUUUACAGAUCGGGGCCUUGCGUACUCUGUGGUUGGCGUGCUUUUCUGGUCUAGAUAUCCCUCGGAUUUCUUACAUCCCAAUGUUGUCAUAGCGAAAUAGCCUAACGUACUCACUUAACAAUAUCUUACCGUCUCCAAAUCAAUGUAAUCGCUUGACAAGAAUU